AUGAAUAAGUUAAAAUCUAUAUUUCAUAUAAAUAAGAAAACUGUUAAUCAAAGUAAUAGUAGUAAUAAUAGUCAUGGGAAAUCAAUUAAACAAAGUAUAAUAUCUAAUAGUAAUAGAGAAGGGGUAAUUAGUAAGGAUGCAAAUGAUAUGGGUGCUCCAACAAGAAGAAAACUAGAACAAUUAUCAUUGACUGAUGAUAGUAACACUGCAGAUAUAAUUCUUGAAGAUAAAUAUAAUGAAAUGUUUCGUGAAAAUAAUGAUAACAGUAACGAUAAUGAUAAUGAUAAACUUCUAACUAGGAAAGUACCUACUGAAUGCACAUUUAAUUCAAAUAUGUCAUUAAGUUCAAUUGAUUCUGCUUCCUCUGUUACUUCAUCUGCAUCUGCUUCCUCAGUAUCAUCUUCUCUAUCUUCUUUUAGUAAUGAGGGAAGUUAUAUUCAACUUGGACAAGAUAAUAGUAUAGACUCGCCAGUUUUUACCGAACAAAAAGAAUUAAUUGGUUAUAAAUUGAUCGCUAAAAUCGGUGAAGGUGCAUUCUCAAAAGUAUUUAAAGGUAUAAACUUAUCAACUGGAGAAAAAGUAGCUAUUAAAGUAAUCAGAAAAGAAACAUUAUCAAUGGUAAAUGAAGAGACAACUAACAUUACCACUACCAACAACAACAAUAAAGUAAAAGACCGAGCUAAAAGGAAAUCACAGACUAAGUUGGAACAGGUGCUCAAAGAAGUCACUUUACAUAAGAUGGUCACUUCGUUACAAUGUGAAAAUAUAGUAAGAUUUAUCGAAUUUAAAGAAACUUCUUCAUUUUAUUAUAUUGUACAAGAACUAUUAACAGGUGGCGAAAUAUUUAAUUCUAUCGUUAAGUAUACAUACUUUAGUGAAGAUCUAUCGCGUCAUGUAAUCAAACAACUAGGUAAUGCAAUUAAAGCAUUGCAUUCUAUAGGUGUGGUACACCGUGAUAUUAAACCGGAAAAUUUGUUGUUUGAACCAAUUGAAUAUAUUCCAAGAGAUCAACCACGUCUACGUAGAUCAGAUGAUCCAUUGACCAAAUUGGAUGAAGGUGUGUUUCGUCCAAAUAUCGGUGGUGGGGGUAUUGGGAUAGUGAAAUUAACAGAUUUUGGUUUAUCAAAACAGAUAUAUCAAACAAACACAAAGACGCCAUGUGGUACAGUUGGAUACACAGCACCCGAAGUGGUAAGGGAUGAAAGAUAUUCGAUGAAAGUGGAUAUGUGGGGAAUUGGUUGUGUUUUAUAUACUAUGCUAUGUGGGUUCCCACCAUUCUAUGACGACAAAAUAGACCUAUUGACAGAAAAGAUAUCUAGAGGUGAAUAUACUUUUUUGCAACCGUGGUGGGAUGAAAUCAGUGAUGGUGCGAAGAAUUGUGUAGCUAGAUUAUUGGAGGUAGAUCCAGAUAGAAGAUAUAAUAUAGACCAAUUUUUAAAUGAUCCGUGGUUAAAUAGAUAUGAUACAGAAAUUAAUGUUGCCAAUGCUACUAAUAUUAGCGGUAAAGGUAGAGGGAAAAGAAAUAAAAGCAAGGUACAUGAAAAAUUCAAGAAAGUACGUGCAUUCCAAGAAGAUCCAUCAAUUUUAUAUUCUCCAGCUGCAGUUGCUAUGCGUGAUGCUUUUGAUAUAAGUAAUGCUGUGAAACGUAAUGACAUAGGCACAAAUAGAAAUAAUAAUCAGAAUAAUAAGAGAAAGGGAUUAUAUUCCUUAGAUGAAGAAUUAGAGAUAAGAGAUGAGGAUGAAUUUACAGAAAAUAACAAUCGUACAAAUAUGAAUUAUAUUAGUAAUAAUAAUGAUGAUAAUAGCAGUAAUAAUAAUGCAUUCAGACAUGCAAAUGUGUUUGAAUUAAAUUUAAAUACAUCUACUAUUAUUCAACGUAGGCAAAAGAAACAAAGAAUGGUCAUGUCUAAUAAUAAAGAUAAUUAUAUGAAUGGGGAUGUCUCGGAAAGGAUGCAAGGAUGA